AUGCAGGGAUCACGUCACAUUUUUUUUAUUACCGAUACGGGAUGAUUCAGAGGUAUUCCACAACACGACUCUGAUACAAGUGCUCCGGAAGAUGUGCAAUAGUAUAUUUUUCCCGAGUCUUUUAGAGUUUCCCUUUAUCAAAGUUUGACAACAAGUGACAGGAGAUAAUUGAUAAGAGAUACGAUUGAUUAAAAUGAGCGUGAAAAAUGUGGCAAGAGGAGGGAGCGGCUCCCUUCGAUGAUACCAAUACAAAAGGGGAUGACAUCCAGAAAUUGAAUGCAAUCCAGACCCUGCCGAUUCUCCUGGCCGAAGAUCCCCAAACAUGUAUACAAAAAUUAAUCCCGAAAAUGCAGCAAACCCUGCCGAAUGCGUCAACGGAAUUUCACGUUGCUGCAUCGUCGACAUUCAAGACAAUUCUGGAACAAAAACUCGUCAGUCCCUCGACAUUCACCCAGACAUUUCUGCAGAGCAUACUGAAUUCACUGGACACACGGGAUCCAGUGCUGGCUCAUGCUUGGCUGGAGACCUUACUGGAUGUGAUCGAGUUACUUCCAACGGAUGUCAUCAGGCGGGAGAUUCUUCCGGUUGCUGUGAUAAAGGGACAGUUGUCACAGCCCGUUGGCUCUAGGAUCAUGUGUUGCAAGAUUAUCGGGAAGAUAUGCACACGCUUCGACUCGCAGCUACUGAAGAAAGAAGUACUUCCGACAGUGCACUCACUAUGCCAGGACGUCAACAGCGAUGUGCGAGCAUGUAUUUGCCUGCAGUUGCAUUACGUCGCCGAAAGCCUUGGUGCUGAAUCUGUAACGGCCUCAUUGUUACCAUCUAUUGUGGAAUUGGCCAGCGAUGAGGAGAGCAUUGUCAGACAUGCUUCUGUUCAGACAAUAGUUUAUCUUCUACCUCACCUACAACCAGACGUAAUAAAAUGCACCCUAUCCCCCCUGAUAAAAAAAUCCUGCGACAGCGCGCUGAAGUCCGACGACGCGGUGAUCUGCAUAAUAGCCCAAGAGUUCGGAAAGCUAGCCCUGGGCCUGGAGAAAGUCUUGACCCCCCCCGAGCGAACCUGGCUGGUGAAGUACUUCCAACAGCUGUCUCAGCUGGGCAUGUCGUCCCCACCCAAGCAACCACCUGAAAAACAAGACCUGCCUUUUACCAUCAGCUCCCUGAUUACCGAGCGCUACAUCGAGUGCCGAAAGCAGUGCGCCUACAACAUGCCAGCGAUGUUUUUGUUCACAUCAUCAAGCCCAGAGGACACAGAUUUGCUUCUGCCGACACUAACGGAUCUCGCGAAUGAUCCCUUCUACAUGGUUCGAAGAAAUCUAGCCUGUGGACUUCAUGAGAUUGCCAGGAUUAUGGGGGCAAAAAAUGGAGCGCUAAAGAAUGACUUCAUAAAACUCGUUAAGGAUGAUAAUGAACAGGUUCUUCAGGGCAUCGUGCCCCACAUAGGCGAGAUCCUCCAGCUAUUCGUUGAGAGUCAGACCAUCAGCAAAGACAGCAUUGAUCUGCCAGUUAUGGAGGUGGGGAGGGCACUGUUGAAAUGCGAGGGGGAAAUAUUCAGUACAAAUAAUUGGAGGCUAUCUAGCCUGAUGUUUCAGCAGUUGGAGGUAUUGCCAAAGUGCUUUCCCAGCGAUUAUAUUUACAAUUAUUUCGUGCCUGUUGUUGUUAAUCGGGCGCUCAAGGCCCGUCCCAUACCCGUGAAAUUGGCAGCUGGUAGAGCAUUUCUCGUCUUCAUCAGGUACAACUUGAAGCCAAUCCAGAGGACAGAAUUGAGGAAUAAGUUGUACACAGAUUUGUCGAGGAACUCCAGCUGCUACGUGAGGAUGCUGUACAUACGGAUGAUGAUUGAGGCGAUGAGUAUUUUUUCAUCGGUUUAUUUUAAGGAACAGUUCUUUGGGAGUCUGCUGGAGAUGGCUGAGGAUCCUAUCGCCAAUAUCAGGCUCAAGGUGGUGGGACUGCUGCCGAGUUUGAAGGCCCUGCUGAGACUGCCUUCUGACAAGAAACUGCUGAGUCGGUUUGAGGCUUGUGUCAGGGGGCUCAUGAAUAAUGAGAAGGAUAGGGAUGUUAUUGGGGCACUCACUGGGGUCAUCAGGAGGCUGGACGACAUUGAUGUGAGGCAUGAAGGACAACCGGCGACAGUGAAAUUCUCUAAACAAGACAACGAAGACAUGAAGAAAUACGAAGAAGAGAAGGCGCUGUCAUUGACAGUGUCUGGAAAGUCUUCGACUUUACCGGCGGGUCAGACGUUUAUGAAGAAGUCCGGCAGUCAAAACAUGAGCAGCAAGCAGAAUUCAUUUUCGAGUGACACUUCCAGAAGCUUCAUGCCGGGGCAGAAAAUAAGACCUUCGAGCUCAUCGAUAUCGGAUAAUGUCAAAUCAUCGUCCAGACAGACGCCGGGGACGUCGAGGAACUACGAAUUAGCUAAAGCAAGUCCGCCCAGCACCUCCAGCAACAACCUAACCUCCAGCUGGGCGCGUCUAAAAUCCAACAGUAUGAUACUAACCCACCUCUGGGAAAAAGCCGACUACCCCGACCCCCCAUCAUCGAGCGAUUACCUCCAGGAGAUCGCCUGCAGUUGUUACGACACAACAGCUUUCCUCUACCCCUCCCGCUUCACCCUCUCCACCCCCUGCUCGCUGGACUACAAGGGCUGCCCUUGUACCAGCGACUCCAGCCCCCAGAAACAGGGGUUGAAAACUAACUUGAGAAUGUCAAGCUACUUCGACACUUCCGUACUAACAAACCCCCUGCUACUAACGCAAGCCAAGGACGAAGCUGGUGAGGGGGAUCGUCAAUCAGCUUUCUUCAACAACCCCAAGUCCCCGAAUUUGGCAGCACUUCGGGCACUGACUAGUGCAGCUCAUUACAACUCCUGUUGGGCUUUUAGCUCGAUGCCGGAGAUCCCGGUCACCCUCUUGGACGAUGAAUUUCUGGUCGACACGGGGGUCAGGAUCCCCGAACAGCUGUCUUCCUCCAGGAGCAGCACGAAGAUAUCGAAUCUGCAGGACAUCAUCCACAGGAACAAUCGAAUUGGGGGGGUGUCUGAGAGGGGCAAGGUCAAGGGCCACUUCUCCGUGCACGAGGAGUCCGUCAAGAGGUCGUCGAGGUCGGAGCAGGCGUACAGCAAUCGCUUGUCCAUGAACUUUCAGGACGGUUACAGAAGCUGCAAGCCGUCCGCGGAGGAUGACCUCAAGGGGAAGAGGUACUCGUUCUCCAGGGGCAAGGGCAAGUGGAGCUUUGAUUCCGUCGUCGAACGGAAAUCAAGUGAGAAGGAGAAGAGAUCGUCUUUCAAUGUUGUGGAGAGGGAGAGGAGGGUCUCCCAGCAGCUCCGGGGGGUUGUGGAUAAGACCAAGAGACACUCGACUAAUUACAGUACAAAACCACCGGAACUCAAGGAUUGCAAGCAGAAGUUCAAGCGUCACAGUGUCGAGGUCACGGAUUAUCAUCCGAUUGAGAAGUCCAGUAGGAAGAGGAAUUUCACGCUGGAUGUUAAUCAUAAUCAGGGCAGCAGCAAGAUUCCGUUGAGGACUGCUGCCCCCUCGGGGAGCAGGACUGCACCUGUUACGAGGGCGUCAAGCCCCGUGAGGCUGACUCAUCAGCUGAGUUUUAGUAGAGAACCUGAGCGGGAGGUGUAUGAGGAUAGGGUUAACAGGUUCAAUUCCAGCGAUGAGGAGGUGGACAAACUCUGCAUUAGGUUGGCGUAUGUCGAUUCUGAGUAUAUGAUGAGGGAGAAUCCCAGGAGUAAAAUGAGCAAAUUGCCGGUGUGGGUGCCCAGGAAGAAUAAGUAGGGCUGGAGGUCGGAAAAUUAUUUCGUAACAAUCGUUCACAUUCGGAGGGUGGAAUGAUACGAGUUUAAAGGGUUUUGAGGACGCCAAGUAUUUUUAAAGGAUAUUUGAAAACACGAGGUGAGGGAUGGCUCUGGCCGCCAUAUUGGUUGGAGCUCGGAGGACUGUCAAGAUGGCGACGCUCGGAUCUGUUGCCCACCUCACGAUUUCAAACAUUAUUUAAAAUUAUCUACUAUUUUCAAAUCUUCCUUAAUUCGCUUUAUCACACUCUCCUGAAGUGAGUGAUUUGGGAUGUGAUAUUUUUUUCGUACUCUUGGCUUCUUUGUUUCUAAAUCGAGUCAUUUUUAUCAGUUUUUUCGUCAAUUUCUGGAGGGGUUGAGGGGGCCGGAGGUCAGAAAAUUAUUUCGUAACAAUCGUUCACAUUGGGAGGGUGGAAUGAUACGAGUUUAAAAUGUUUUGAGGACGUCAAAUAUUUUUAAAAAAUGUUUGAAAACACGAGGUGAGCGAUGGCUCUGGCCGCCAUAUUGGUUGGAGCUCGGAGGACUGUCAAGAUGGCGGCGCUCGGAUCUGUCGCCCACCUCACGAUUUCAAACAUUAUUUAAAAUUAUCUACUAUUUUCAAAUCUUCCUUAAUUCGCGUCAUCACACUCUCCUGGAGUGAAUGAUUUGGAUGUACUAUUUUUUUUCAUCCUCUUGUCUUUCUUAUUUCUAAAUCGAGUCAUUGUUACCAGUUUUGGUUUUGACAAAAGCCUGGAAAUCUUCUAAUGAGCAAAUGUGUACCUGAGGGACGAUUAAAUUACUUAAAAAAUUCCACUUACCUUCGUUUUUCACCAGAAAAAUCACAGGGUAAAAUUUAAUCCGCAUUUUCUAAUCCUGGCAUUUGAUUUAAUAAAUGACUUCUGUCAGUCACUCAUCACUGACUAUUGGAAUCCAUUGUUUACUCAUCUGAGGAACCUCAUAGAUGAACAGAAUAAGAUAAAACGCAUUAGGUGUGCUUAAUCAUCGAAAUCAACAGAAUAAUGCAUAGACUUGAAUAAUUCAUUUUAAAACGGGCGAUACCAGUAUUUGCGAUAGAUAUAGAAUAGAUAGAUAUAGGUAUACUGAUAAGUCAAUGUAAACAAUGCAUAAUUUACGUUAAUUCUUCUAAGUUUCGAGGAAUGUAAUUUAGAGGUAAUUCCUUACCCCCAUAAUUUUUUGAUACUUGUAUCGACCAAGAGAGCUUCCCAAUCCGAAAUUCAUUCUCUCAAUUAUAUUGUUUAUAUCCUUAACUCACGAUUUUUCUGAGCGACAGAAACUUGUACAUUUUAACCAAUUAAAAACAUAAUUUAUGAGCAAUGAGAAAGAGCAAUAUUAAUUGGGGAUGCGAACACGCAAGAACGAAGAGAAAUUAUUAUUAGACUAAUUAAAAUAUUAAAAAACGUCGAACGAAGAGUGAUAUGUACGCGCGUGUGUAUUCUUUCGUUGAUUCUCGAAUGAAUUCUGUAAAUUAAUAUUUCCAAUGUCUCUAUUUUGUGAGAAAAAAUUUAUCAAAGAAUUUCGCUUGCAGAAGUAAAGAGAAAUGAGCGCAUGUGAGGGGAAUAUCGGAGUGUUGAAUCGUCAAGCCCCAACUGGAGAAAUGGGGAUCGAAAGUUAUGAGCUGCAUCGCGCUUGAGAGAAGAAUGAGACAAACUGUUUAUUUUUGUAUAGAUCUAUCAAGUUUGGUGACCUACGUGCCAGAAAUAAUACUAUACGUAUGUACAGAUAAAAUAUGAAAAUGUUACUGUAUAGAGUCUACUAUAUGAGUGUUGGGACGAGGUGCGAGAUGAUGAGGACAUGUUUAUUGUUUAAUUGAUUGAUGAAUUAUCGAAAAAAAAACACUAUCUUACUGAAGAAUCCUGCAAACUCCUGUGUCCAUCCUAGAAUUUUGUUGAGAAAUAUACUUAUCUGUGAUAACUU